GGGCGGAGCCUAGUGCGAGUGGGCGCUGCAGGUCUCCGCGGAGCGUCACUGUGCCGGCCGACUGAGGGCGACUCAGGUUAGGCGGUCGCCCCGGAACUGGCUGUGGUUGUGGCCCUGGGUGUUCCAAGGACCUGACGCGGAGUUGUGCUUAAGGAGGCGCGGCAUCACCCUGCUCCCUCCACCUUGGCUGCAAUAGCCAUGGCGAAAGGCAGAGUCGCCGAAAGAUCGCAGACGGGGUCACUCCAGUCGACCCCGGCGGUGGACCGGGCUGCGGGGACGCGGGCUCCCACAGCGCCGGGCAGCAGAGACCACUUGAAGGAAAAAGCCUGUGCAGAAGCUGGGUCAGCAAGAAUGUCACUUCUUAUAUUGGUGUCCAUUUUCUUAUCUGCGGCUUUUGUUAUGUUUUUGGUAUAUAAAAACUUUCCUCAGCUUAGUGAAGAAGAAAGAGUGAAUAUGAAGGUUCCCAGAGAUAUGGAUGAUGCCAAGGCUCUAGGGAAAGUUUUAUCCAAAUAUAAGGACACCUUUUAUGUACAAGUACUUGUAGCUUAUUUUGCUACAUAUAUUUUCUUGCAAACAUUUGCUAUUCCAGGUUCUAUAUUUCUCAGUAUACUCUCAGGGUUUCUUUAUCCAUUUCCACUGGCCUUAUUUCUUGUUUGUUUGUGUUCUGGACUUGGUGCCUCAUUCUGCUAUAUGCUCUCCUAUUUAGUUGGGAGACCAGUUGUAUACAAAUAUCUAACAGAGAAAGCAGUAAAAUGGUCACAGCAGGUUGAACGUCAUAGAGAACAUCUCAUUAACUACAUUAUAUUUUUGAGAAUAACACCAUUUCUGCCUAAUUGGUUUAUUAAUAUUACAUCUCCUGUGAUAAAUGUGCCAUUGAAAGUUUUUUUUAUUGGCACUUUUCUAGGUGUUGCACCUCCCUCUUUUAUAGCCAUUAAGGCAGGAACAACACUGUACCAGCUUACAACAGCAGGGGAAGCUGUUUCCUGGAACUCAGUAUUUGUCCUAAUGAUUUUGGCUCUUCUUUCUAUACUGCCAGCCAUCUUCCAAAAAAAACUAAAGCAGAAAUUUGAGUGAAAAAUCAUCCUAGGUUUUAGUUUUCCUAUCAUCAUCACCAUCAUCAUCUCAGGACUGGCAGGUUUAUGUGUUCAAAUCACUUCUUCAGUAAUUGAAACAAGGAAUUUGUAAAAUAAGAUUCCCUAUUAAGUAGUUAAAAUAAUGCAUUUAAGUGGCAAAGGAGAGUAGAAAGAAUGGAAAUUGAUAUACCAUGAAAAGUGCUAUCAGUAGUUAUGAUAGCCAUCUUCUAAAUUACUUUAUUCUAAGAGUAGCUAUAACAAAUUAAAACCAGCAUUAGUAGGAAAUUUUUGACCCAAUUGGUUAAUUUAAUUUAUUCAUGAACUGGCUAUAAAUACUUAUCCUGGGCUUGAUAUUUUAAUAUUUUUCUUUUUUAUCCCUUACUAAUAAAGUAGAUAUACAAAAGCAAAAAUUCUACAUUUUUAAAAAUAGUAUUGUAGUUCUGGCUAAUAUCAACCAUCUUUCAGAGCAUAAACUUAAAGCCAGUGUUUAAAAGAGAUUUACACCUUCCUCUUACCUUUGAGGUAAUGGAUUUGUUUAGAAUUUGCAUCUUAGUGUACUACUGAAUUGGGAAAGGAUAUCAAGUUAUAUCUAUUUAGUGAAUUUUAUUUUAUUUUUUUCUGUUCCAGAUUAUCAUGGAUUCGUUUGAAAUGUAAAAUUCUGACCAAUAUAUUUUCAUCUUCUUUUUCUAGCUUUCACAAUAUUUCCAUUGUGCAUAUACAAAAUGGUGAUUACAUGAUAAUUGUAUCAUUUUGGUGUUGUUAAUUUAUAUUCAGAUAAUAUUUUGUUACACAGUUCCCUCUUACUAUCUCAAAAGGGGAUCAAAAAAGCAAACAUUUAACAUGCAGGUUUUAGAUGUUAUAUUAAUUAUAUUACCUUAUAUUUUGAAAUAGUGACAGCAUAACACUUAGGUGGUUAAAUAUAGUUUAUUUGUUCCAAUGACUAUGAAAUUUACUUAAUUUAUUUAUUAGUCUGGUCGUUAACAUCUGUAUUAUGUAAUUAUCCUUUUUUAUGCAUGAUAUACUUAUAAGAAUGCCUUGUUUCAUUUCUAUUAAUGCCUCUUUUGUUUGGGGCUACUUUUGGUUAAUGCAAUUUCCCAAUUUAGUGUUUGUACUUUUUAUAACUCAAAAUAUAAUUAACUUCUCACAUGGUAACUACUAUAUUUAAAUGAAACAGCUUUUUGCUGCUUGCUUAAUGGUAAUACACUUGAUUCUAGGACAUAACUGAUCUAAAGUAAAGUACUCUGUCAGUUUUACCUUCAGUUAAGACUGUCAUGUUGAAAAGUACUGUAACUGUGGGAGAAAUCCUUGUAUGUUUUUAUUGUGAGAGGUAUGAUCAUCCUCAGAGCCUGUUUCUACUACAUAAUGUGGACUGAUUUAUUAUUUUUUCUAUCACAGUAUUAACAAAUGGAUUUAUUGUAAAUACAAAGAAAAUAUAUUGAUUAAUAUACUAUUCUUAUGUCACCUG